CACAUGAGAGGACCCGGAGUGAAACAACAUCGUAGAGACGGCGCUCCUGUUCCUACCCAUGGCCUAGGAAAGGCUCCCAAAGGUACCCAAACAAAGAUGAGCUUAAAACGAAGACGGCGAAACAAGCCGAGUCAGGCGGUGCGAAGGUGGAAGCUAAGAUCGUCAUUGCGAAGGAUUGGAACUAUCGUAAUCCUCCUGGCUGGAAGACAUAGAGGAAAAAGAGCGGUUGUUGUGGGACGACAUCGAACCUCUGGACUACUCUUAAUUACUGGGCCUCUCAAAUGCAAUGGAAUUCCAGUGAGGAGGGUACACCCCGACUACGUCAUUGCCACCAAGACGCGCAUAAAGAUGGACAAGGUAGAUUUAUUUAAGCCUCAACCUCGAUCCAAGAAUGCCGCAGACAACCUUUUUGUGGACGCUGCUGCUGAGAAAAAGGCCUAUGUGCUAAAAGAGGAACGAAAAGAGGACCAAAAGUUGAUCGAUAAACGUGUCAUUGAGGCAAUCAAGCGAAGUAAACAAGCCAAAAUGCUCUUUGCCUACCUACGAUCCCAAUUUGCCCUCAGUCGACACGACAAGCCUCACAAAAUGGUCUUCUAG